AUGCCCACCCGCGCCAAAUCUCAUACAUUGAGGUGGUCAGACCUCAAGUUCGAAAAGUUCGACCAGGAAUAUUGCUGUGUUGUCACCUUCCACUAUCUCAAGGGAAGCAACGAUCCGCAUGACCAGAGAAACGAGCAAGGCGCGCGCCGAUUCUUUUUUGCCCCCAAACAGGAACGGCUCCACCUCGACUUGAGCGCGCUCCUCUUCGCUGAAGCGUAUACUCGCGGAUUGUUUGUAGACCAUCUCGAUGUCCUUCUCAGCAAAGAUUCAGAUCGAUUCCCCGCAAUUAGGCUGGAAGUGGCCAAGCAGGCUGUACUCGUCGCGGCAAAUACCGAGUGUGAGCUCCUCGUCGAACAGGAGAUGCGAGCAAGGGCCCUUAACGGGAAGCUGCAGCAGUUCUGUCUCUCUAUCGGAAUUCUCUGUUACGUCUCAAUGUACGCGUUCAGACGACAAGCCGCACAGGAAGCCAAGAGCAUGCACUCGACCGAAGAGGCCAUCGCACUGCUCAACCAUGCCCCCACCAACCCAACCACGAUGCUCAACUACGACCAGCACGGCCGGUCGCUAAAGGAGGAGAUCGACGCACGCGCACGCCAGCUCGUCACCUCAGAUCCACAGUACGAGAAGCUCGAGGCCGAACUCCACAACAUCCUCGAACAAACGCACGAGACGCUUCAAGCCCACGGCCACCUCCCCCACGACGAACCAUACCAGAUAACAGCCAAGAACGUCGUAAGGUACAGAGCGCUGGCAGAGAGUGCCAACCAGCCUGAUCUGGUGGAGAUAAGGAAGAAGCUCGAAGAACACCUCAUCCUGCGCGAAUAUGAGCGGAGAGGUAUUACUUAA